GUUUUAGAGGCAAAAUUCCCGCUCGAACCGGGCGGAGAAAAACGCCUACUCCGCUUCGAAUUGGAGAAGCUGUUCCUAAUUGAGAAGCCGCCUCUUCAGAGAUAGGCCCACCGAGAAAUCCUUUCGGCGAAGUAUUAGCCCCAGGGCUCUUAACGGGCGCUUCCAUAGUUACAUGAAAACCCCUGCAAACUUCAGGAUUAAUUGUUCAUCGUGAAGUAGGUUGUGAGUGAAGCUGAAUCUUCGUUUGAUUAUUUUAUUGUUACAUUUUAUCUUUACUAGCUCGAUCGAAUAAGAAAUGGGAUUUCCAAGUGGUGUUAUUACUGAGUAUCAUCGUAAUUUUCAACCAGAUAGUUGCUUGGAUUGUAUUGAAACCGGAAGGAGCGAGUUUUCUUUGGGUGCUAGACUAGCAAUAUACACUUGUGAUAAAACGCGUGUAUAUCAAAAACUGAAUUAAAUGUUUUGAAUCAAAAAGAGGCAAAGACGGAGAAAUAAAUGCUCUUCGGGGAAAAAGGCUAAAUACGUAAAAAGAAUUCGUAUAUUUUUCACGAACCCGAUAUCACAAAGCAUUUGAAGUCGCGCUUGUCCUUUGUUCUCGCUAAUUUUCCACAUAAAGUAAUAUCGUAAAAUGGUUCUCUUUCUUUCCUUGCUCGAUUUAUUUAAGAGAGGCUUUUUUUUGGAAGAUUUCUGACAUUGUUGAAAUUGUUUUAGAAAACACUGUGGUUUGUAUUUCUCUUUUUUUGACUGGGUAAACACAGGGGAUCGAAGGUUAAAUUGAAGAAUAAGUGUCACCGGCAUCGAGUAAAAUGCAUUACUCGUUCCCGUACUUUGGCCAGAAGGCUUUUAAGGAAAGUCAAGCUUUCGGAAAAUUUUGUUUCCAUUUGAAAGAAAUAGGUAAACUGAGAAACGAGGUGUCGUACGCACGGAAUCACAAUAGAACCAUCCAAUGAGAUGAGUAGCUUUUGACGGUUAACACAUAUAUCGAGGGAGAUAGCUGACUCAUUUUAUGCAAAUUCAUUAAAUCUACAUUGUUUUCCUCUUAUUACAAAUGCUGAAACGUCAAUAUGUCAAUAUGACACCUGGUGUUCUAGAUUGUGUUCUAUGCUAUAGAAGACGGGAAACACUCAGAUCUUCGCCAUAAUAUAUGUGAGUACAUUUUAUCAUCUCAAAUUCGCGGGGAAAAUGAAGUGAUUUCCCAACAGAAUCUGCAGUUUCUAAAAUCAGAGACUGACAUGGAAAAACCUCUCCUCUCAAACCGGACAAUGUAUGGGCUGCUUUUGUUAACGCUUGCCCUUCUUCAACUUGAAACGCGAGAAGUCAUGGCCGGCUGGUACUUGGGAUGUUACAAAGAAAAUAUUGCAGACCGCUUAAUCAACAUUUCGGCCGGAAACUACAUCGUGUCCGACACUUCUGCUCAAGAGUGCACCUCCUCCUGCGCUUACUUGAACCAGUCCCACGCAGCCACCGAGGGAAACCUGUGCUUUUGUACCAACGGUUGGCAUGACGUGUAUGGCAAGGCCACUAGUGACAGCCAGUGUGACGUCCCGUGUUCAGCCCAAUCAUGUGAUAAUACAUCAUACGUGCGAGUGUAUUCAACCCAAGGUGCGAUAGGUAAACUCAAACUUCACGGUCCAGGAGUCGGAUGGAUGUUUCGUGAAGUCAGUUUUUCGACUGUUAUUGGAGAAGGCGAGCUCAGCAAUCUGUCCUACACUUUUGAUUUUGGCGACGGUUCCUACGUGUUGACCACGUGUCCUAAUGCCACGCACGUUUACACGCGCGUGGGUGAGUUCCACGUGAGGGCAUCUGCGAGGACAAACGAGUCAGGCCCGGUACUGGCGUCCACGUGGGUGUUCAUUCAAAGUCCAACGGGCAAUCUAAACUUAGACUACCCCCAAGAGAUUCUUGAGGUGGGAAACGAGACUGAAAUUGUGUUAAGUGUCAGCCAAGGCACGUGGAUGACAGCUAAAUUGAAGACAACACAACAGAAAGACUGGAAGAACAGAAAGUCGUUGAACGUAUCGGACGCAUUAGUCCACGAUAUAGGUUCUUCUGCAACAUUUGGAAAUUCCAGCAACUCCCCAGAAACGGACGGAGCAUAUGUGAUCCCAUCUGCUGCGCUGAAGAAAGAAGGCUUUGUACUAGCUUGGGAAUUCUUCGCCUCCAAACUUGGACCCAUUCGGUUACAGGUUUACCGCCCCAACUGUUCCUCGCUCGACGGCUAUUUCUGCGCAAAAAAUUAUUCCUGUAUACCCAAAGGAGACUCCUGUGUCAGCUCCAGUCUGUUCAGUUGUCCUGGGAACAAGAGCAUCUGCAUGGGGACUGGUCACUGCUUGUCUACUUGUCAAAGACAGAUAAAAUCAUUUCCGGCUAUUUCGUCUCCUGUGACCGACUACGUCGUCGCAGCAGAAACUUUGGUGAACAUCACAAAACUCGGCAAAAAUCUUAUCACUCUUCCUUCCCACAAAUCCAUAAAAGCGAAAGCUGGUGACGUCAUAGGCUGGCUGGGAAACGGCUCUUCUGGGGCGCUGGCCUUUGAAAAAACGAUCAAUGACCCAUCGUUCUUCUUUCCUAAUUUAUCGUCCAGUUUUGCAGUGGGAAGCGGUUUGACAGCAGGUCGCGCCACUCGGUACGAAAUCAAACACGUUCUGCGGGCUCACGUCUCUCAACCCUCACAGGCAGCGAUUGCCGUGGAAUUUAAAGAAGCAGGAGUUUACAAUGUAUCAGUUACUUUGGAAAAUGAAGCUGGAAGUGAACUGAGGAAUUGUCCAUUUACCGUGCAGGAGCGUAUAGGAGACCUCAGGAUUGUCAGUCCACUGACGAACAUGAGCUAUCCCAAAGGAGAAAACAUUUCCUUAAAGAGCGCUGUCGACAAGGGAAGCGACAUAAACUACACGUGGAACACAGACGGGGAAACAUACUACCUGGAAUACCCUAAAGUAGUAUACAACUAUACUGGCGUUUUCCCAGUCACACUGCACGUCCAUAAUGCAAUCAGUUCGGCAGACGCCAAUUCAGUUAUUAGGAUACUCGAACGAGCGUCAGUAGAUUGGAGGGAGAAACCCCCGACCGAGAUUCAAAUUGGCGUACAAUACACUUUUUCUGUUCUCGUCAUUGGAACAAACGUCACUUUAACCGUAGAAUUUGGAGACGGUCGUCCUUAUAAUAAGUUUUAUAAUUCUGCUUUGAAUACUGUUGUGAACAUUACACACAACCAUACCAUAUAUAAAACAUAUGAAAUUACGAUCAAAGCGCAGAAUAACAUAUCAUCUUUAGCAGCGACUUUAAAGUUCUCACUGACGGUUGUAAGUGAUCUUGGUAACAUCAACAUACAGCUGUCCCCAGCGGCAAAUGUUGACAACGUUCUUCGCGUUUCCACAAAACAAAAGUUUGAAAUUGAAGUCUCGGUGUCAAAUGAGCAAGAGGUGAACUACGCAUUCACAUAUGGCGAGUCGGCUCCUCAUUAUGUUACUACCGAUAAGGGUUACACAAAAUGGUCCCACGCAUACGACACCGAGACUGACUUUAACAUCUCCAUAAACGCAAGUGCGGGAGCAUACUCACGUCUAGAAUUUGUGCAUGUCAUAGCCACGGAAUGUGGUCCGCCAGCCAUUUAUUUUCCAAACAGGUAUACUGAACAAGAUCCACAAAUUGUCAUUCGAGGCACGAGGAUCGACUUUUUGAAAGUUAGCGUGGAAACGAAGAAGGAAUGUCCAACAAAGCAUGACCCUGUUUAUUCAUGGGAUAUCACUCCAUCACCAACAGUAUCUGAAGCUAACAAGAAGAAAGAAUCUUUCGUGUUUGAAGCCAGGAGCCUAGACAAUGGAAACUAUACUGUCACAUUGAACGUAAGCUACAAUGGUCAAAAAUAUCGCUUUAACACAUCCAUUCGGGUGGAGAGCUCACCGCUUGUGGCAUAUCUAUCCGGCGGGAGUUUUCGUCAAGCCGAUUCGAAUUUGACUCACCUGAAAUUGAAUGCCUCUCAGUCUUUCGAUCCAGAUGAUGAAAAUGCAAAGUUAAAUUUCACAUGGCAGUGUAAAGUCGAGAAUAACUCUUUACCGACACUUCCAGGUGAACUUUGCAAUUCAACAGAGUUUUUGGAAAUGUCUGACCAACAAGGCAAUAAAAACAUACAAUUGCCUACCAGCAAGUUUAAGACGAGUAUGGAAUACACUUUUCAGGUGACAGUAACUGCGAAAGAUGAUACGCGUUCAUCCUCUGCACAACAAAUAGUGAUGCUGGAGCCCUACAUUCCACAACUGGAAAUAAGCUGCCGCGAUUGUCAAGAAAAGCUAAACCCUUUCGAACGUAUCACCCUCGAGGGAAUAUGCACAAACUGCAAGAGUUACGAACGAAUGGAUUAAACAACUUGGAAAGUGCUGUACUAAAAUGGUAGUGAACACGAACUAUCAGGAAACGACAAUGUAACAGACUCGGAUCUCGGGUGGAAUGACAUUAAUCUGGUUUUGAAGGAAAGCUCCUUGAAAGAAAACGAAAAAUACAUUGCACGGCUUCAAGGCAGCCGGGCUAACAAAAGCGCACGUGUAGAGUAUACCUUUCAGACAACUUCCCGACCCAGCGGAGGAUUGUGCCAAGUUUCUCCACAAAAGGGUAUUGCGGCGGAAACCCUGUUCAACAUAAACUGUGAAGACUGGACAACCACAGACAACCCAAUCUCGUACGAGUUUCGCUACAAAACCAAGAUAGACAACUUAGCUAAGAUUGAUACAUUAUCACACACAUCAGCGCACACAUAUCAGCUUUGGUACUUUGGGGAGAGAUCUACUCCAUCGAGAGUGUUACCUAUCGGAGAUCCAAAGAAUGGAUUCCAGUUCCAGUUAUCUGCACGUAUUUGCAACAAGUAUCAGUGCUGUGCCAAUUUUUCACUAAACGCCAUGGUGAAAGAACCAGAUGCGGGACAAGUAAACAAAGCUAUUGAAGACGUGGAGGAAGUGGAUGCCAAGAAAGACCCUAAAAAGGUCGUCCAAGUAGUAAACUCUCUGGUAUCCAUCAUAGAUCAAGGCAACAAAUCCAAUACUGCAAAUAAAGAAAAGCAAACUAAGAAAAAAUCGAAGCUGGUCAAUAAACUGGCGGAAGUUGAUAUAAAGGAUACAUCCCUGGCUCAACAGACCAUCGGUGCUUUGAUAAAAGUCACCAGAGACAAAACAGAAGUGACGUCGAAGACUCAGAAUCAAGCUGCAGGAAUCGCAAAAGGGGCGGCGUCUGUCUUAGGGGAAUCCGCCAAAAAACUGGGCGCGGUGAAAGUAGAAGAAAUAGCACGAGAAAUCUACACGGCGUCCUCGAACACGUUGGAAGCCAGCAAAGAAACUACAGCUGAUUACGUUGCUCAGCUUCUCAAGGACAUCUUCCCGACUACCGCUCCCCCAUCACGUGACUGGUCAGUCAGACUAAAUUCUCUCAGAAAUGAAGAGGAAGCCGAACAAUCGAAGAAAGUGGUGGAUACAAUCUUGAAGGCAAUGGAUCUGGUCGGCGGUGCAAUUCUUAGAAAGAGAGUUCCCGAGGAAGGAGAAACAGAAAUAAAAACACAGGCGUUCGAUAUUCGGUUGAAGCGUUUGCGUAAACAAUCAUUUAACAGUUCUGCAUACACGGUCGAGAAUUCCACGCGGCUGCUUGUUCGUCUUCCGAGACCCGAUGUCGUUCUUGAAGAUGUGAAUGACAACGACCCCGUUGACUUGCAGUAUUCCUCAAUGGCAAACAUUUUCCGAUCCGACGAAACGAGUUCGCCAUACAUUACUAAGACGCAAGGCUUCACCCUAAAGCAAGGAAACAGAGAGAUCAAAAUACAAAACCUCACUGAUGAUCUUGAAGUCAACAUACUUACCGAUUUGAAAAGCGUGUCAAGCUACUUCAGCGAACAGUUCUCACCCGCCACGAAAAAAAGUCAUCAUUUCCAAUUUCCACCCGGUCAACCAUACACGCCACUGCUAGUUUACCUAAAAUCGGACGAUAACGCAACCAUGACUCGCAUGCUUCAUAUCACUUUUGAAGGAAAAGCAUCUCACGAGUACCAGCUUCGAUUCUCUCCAACGUUUCCGGUUGAGGAGUGCCCUGCACCUUUUCAAAGAGUCGACAACUUUACUUACAUCGCCUGGGAACUACCCUCAAGACCUGUCUAUUUCAACUUGACUGUCAUGGUACCCAGGCUGCCUGCAGAGGGGAAUGCAAGUGUUGUGAGUGUUAAUUACACAGUGGCCAUAUAUCCCGUACGAUGUAUGUAUUGGGGUAUGGAGGAAAAUAAAUGGCUUGAUCUGGGAUGUAAGGUCGGUGAGGAUACUUCAAUAGCUGCCACAAACUGUCGGUGUAACCACGCGACCUUUUUUGGUUCCCUUAACGUAAAACCCAACCCUAUUGGUCCACCUUCACUCGCCAAACUUAAAGAUGGAUAUGCCAUGCUGGUGUUUGUCAGCAUCACCUUUGCGCUGUAUUUCUUAGCCCUUAUUUGGGUAAGACGAAAAGACAGAGCUGACAUCAUUAGGGUUGGUGUUUGUCCGCUGCGGGAUAAGGAGCCCUCAGACCCGUACCGUUAUGAGGUGACUCUCUGGACGGGCAUGCGCCGUAAUGCUGGCACUAAGUCCAAAGUCAGCAUUAUACUGUACGGUGACGAAGAGGACAGCGAGGCCCGCGCUUUGCAUGAUCCUGACAGAAACCCUUUUCAACGUGGCAGCCAGGACUCGUUUCUUCUAACCACACCCUUCGAUUUAGGCUCUAUUCAGUACAUAAGGGUGUGGCACGAUAACGCAGGUGGCUCGUGGUUCUUGAGUCGAAUUAUGGUGAUUGAUCUACAAACUGAGGAGAGAUUUUACUUCAUCUGUAACAGGUGGCUGGCUGUGGAUGAGGAAGAUGGCCAGGUUGAACGUCUUGUUAUGCUGGCCAGCAAAGCAGAGCUUACAGAGUUUGGUCAUCUGUUCGCAGCCAGAACUCGCCGCAACCUUAGUGACAGUCAUCUGUGGUUCUCAGUCCUCGCCCGUCCAGCCGGCAGUCGAUUUACGCGGGUACAGCGGUUGUCCUGUUGUCUGUGUCUUCUGCUCAUGUCAAUGAUGACCAGCGGUAUGUACUACAGCCGACAAGAUGACCCCUCCAGCACGCAGCAAAUUGGCUCCAUCGUUUUCACCUGGAAUCAGGUGCUAAUUGGGAUCAUUUCGAGUCUCAUAGUCUUCCCAAUCAACCUGAUUGUGGUACAGAUCUUUCGCAACGUCCGACCCAAACCAAGAGUCAGGCCGAAAAAGCCUCCCCCCACCCCCACACCAUGUCUGCCGACUUUAUCCUUUGACAAGGACAACCUCGACAAUUACAAUAACCUGAAAGAAUCGUCGGAUGAGUCUGCUAAGGGAUCAAGCAACAGUCUAGAUUCUUCACGAGACAAGAACAAUAAAACUCGGCUGUCAAUUAAUGAUGUGCAUCCUGACGUGGACCGCACAAGUUUUACUGACAGCCCACUGCUGAUUGAUCGCAGGCUCAGUACUACUUACGAGAUCGCUCCUACGUCCCGUGCACGCCGCUUGCUGUUGUGGUGCAAGAAGAAGAAUACCUUACCUUACUUCUUCGCAUACGUGGCAUGGUUUUUGGUUUUCAUCUUCUCGACUGGGUCCGCCACGGUGGUUGUAUUUUAUGGCAUGGAGUUUAAAAACGAAAAGUCCCUGCAGUGGUUAUUUUCAUCCUCUGUGUCUUUCGUUCAAGAUGUGUUCAUCACUCAACCCCUCAAGGUGCUAGGUUUGGCGGUAUUCUUUGCUCUGGUCGUUAAAAAACCAGACAAAGGUGAAUUUCAAAUAACAGAAGAAGCCCUUAAACUCGCUGAGGAUGAAGAAGUUCUGGGCCAACAAUCUGGCUCCAACGCAGGAGGGUCAAGGGCAAAGAAAGUGAAGCUUUUCCCUCCAGACGAAGCGAGACUGAUCGCUAUGAGAGCGGCGAGAUUGAAGGAGCGAAAAAUGUAUUCUGUGAUCCGCGAGGUUGCCACUUACUACAUAUUUCUCGCCCUGCUGCUAACGAUCGCUUACACGCACCGAAACCAAUCUGCUUAUUUCCAGACGAAACACCUCUUCGACAUAAUGGGAAACAACUUUUCCAAAAUAACCAAUGAAAAAGAGUUUUGGAAUUGGACUCAAGGUGAGCUCCUGACGAGUUUGUUCCCCAAGAAGUGGUACAACGGUCAAGAUCGUAAACCUGACGGGUUUUUGGUGGAUGGAUACAGUCAAAUGGUGGGAGGGGCAAGGAUGAGACUCAUCAGAAUAAAAAGAGAAUCCUGCCGAGUUCCAACCGAGUUGUAUGGCAUCACGAAAGAAUGCUACGGAGAGUAUUUCGUGACCAAGGACGAGAAGAAUGAUUACACAGAGAGAUGGGAGAACAUUACUUCAUAUGACGCUCCAGUGUCUUGGGAUGACAUGCCAUGGAGAUAUCAAAACGGCAGUCAGCUUGAUGGGUACCCCUUCUGGGGCACUCUGACCACUUACAGUGGGGGAGGGUACGUAAUUGUUCUUGAACCAGGGAGGGACAACUUCGACCGUGUCAGAGAUCUUGAAAAGAAAAUGUGGAUUGAGCGGCGUACACGCGCUGUGUUAACUGAAUUCACAAUUUACAAUGCACAGAGUAAUCUGUUUUCUAUUGUUACUCUGGUGGCACAGUAUCCCGCCACUGGUGCAGCCAUUCCGUACCUUAGCAUCCAAACCGCGCGACUGUACGACUUCACCAAGACCAUCAUGUUCUUCGUAUUAACGGUCGAGGUCAUAUUUGUGUUGUUCACGUUGUUUUUCUUUUAUCGCGAGGUGAAACAUAUUUACAAACUGGGCAUUCAGGCUUACCUCAAAGAGUUUUGGAACUGUGUGGAGAUAGGAAUCAGUGCGUUAACCUUCGCUGCCAUUUCAAUGUACGUUUAUCGCACGCUCACAAUUAGAAAUGUGCUGGAUUUAGUGAGGCACGACCCUUUCAACUUCAAGAGCUUUCAGUUCGCUGGGUACUGGAACGAGACGUACACGUUUAUCCUGGCUAUGAUCGUUCUCUUGGCAAACAUCAAACUGAACAAACUCCUCCGGUUUAACAAGCGGUUCUCACUCCUGUCCUCCACUCUUAAGUACGCCUACUACCCACUGCUAAUGUUCAGCAUUGUCUGGGGCAUCGUCUUCCUCGCCUACACGAUGUUCGCGUCGUUAGUCUUCGGACCCAUUCUGUAUAACUACCGCAGCAUCAUCGCCUCGCUGACGUCUCUGUUGAGCCUUAUGUUGGGGAGGACUGCAUACUUUGAGAUGCGCGACGCUAAUCGUGUCCUUGGUCCUCUAUUUUUCUUCGGUUUUAUGUUUAUGAUGUCGUUUGUGCUCAUCAACAUGUUCCUUUCCAUCGUGGUGGACUCGUUCAUCGUCGUCAAGCACGACAAUGACAAGCAAUCGAACGAGUAUGAGAUCGUCGAUUUCAUCAUCGAGCGCUUUAAGCUGUGGUCGGGAAUCGGUAAGACUCAGAGACCACAGAGUCGAGGCAAGGUCCUUUGGGAGACGGCUGCAUCACGCGUCAAGGCCGUCAACGUGUUUACCAACCCCAACUUCACCUCAAACGUUACAGGUCUGCACGAAGAUUCGGUUUCAAAGCUGGAGAACCGACUUGAAAAACUUAUUGAUCGUACUGAAGAGUUGUACGAGGAGAUUUUCCCUGAGAAGAAAUACAGAAGCUUGGGGAAGACAAGGGGAAAGGGUGGGAAAGGAAAAGUGCCUGUUUCUAAGGGGGAUGUACUUGAGGGACAAACUGACUGACAAAACAAAAACCAGGGGGGUCCUCAAGGGUGGUGUUUGGAAAAUAUGUCUUUAAUAUAACAUGUAAUUUCACCGUUACUAAAAAUGAACAUAGAUUUUACUUUCUAUCCAAAGUCUUUUUAAUACCAACACAAAAGGGAAGGCAUUCGCUUUCUGUCGUUUCACUUGAAUAAUUAGAGUAAAUCACGUACAACGAUCGUGUUAUUAUAAUGACUUCUCAUGAAAUUCCAGGACUUUUCGAAUGCAUCUACUCAGUCGUCAUACCUUCGAACAAAUGAUUAGUUUGGAAUAAAGUACAGUAUCCAAACAUGCAGGUUGUAUGAUUUCGGUGGUAAAGUUAAUUAAGAACGGGUGAUUCAACUUAAGAUCGCAAUGAAGAUUUUAGAUGCAUAAUUUCUACGAAUAAUUCCACAAAGUAGACUAGUUUAUAUUGUUGAGCGUAGGAUGGUCAGCGUUACAAAGUAUACUUCAUAUAAAUCCUCGGCUAAACAAUCGUUUGGAUCAAUGCUAAGGCAUUUUUGAGUACGAAAAAUUAUCUACGAUUGCAUCGGUUUUCCCUCUUCCCGAUCUGCAGAGGUUAACUUUGAGUUUUGAUUGGCUCCUUGUAACUUUUUGUUUUCUGUUCGGAUCGGCCCAUCUAAUUAAUCAUAGCAUGGUUAGUGCUUGAAAACAACUAAUGACCCUCAAGUGGUAUACAAGUCGCCAUACACGUAGAAAAAAUUGUUUAUUGAAAGUAAUCGUUUGUAAAUAUGAGUAAACAGGGAAUUCAUCAGUGUUCAGAUUCGGAAUGAUAUUGUUCUAAAGGAUGCAACUCGAAGUUAGGAUUAAAUACCAGGUUACUGAGAAAUCAUCUGUGCAGAAUUUCCUGACCACUUUACUUAAUUACGUACCGGCCACCGCAGCUCACACCACGAUUACGGUCUGGAACUGAAGACGCUGUUCAAAAUGCCGAGAUAGAGACGGUUUAAGUCAUUUCUAUGACUCCUAUGAAUGGAACUUUGUUAUGAGCUGUAUAGGCUGGAAUAAGCUUAGGAAAGCUGAUAAUCCGAGUGAGAGAGUGAAGAGAAACUCUGCCAACGAAUCGUCGUAGGUUAGAGAAUAACACUGAUAGAUCUAUAUUGAAAUAUGACCAUGAUGAAUUCUAUGGCUAUCAGUCGGUAGCACUGACUGAUUAUUUGUCUCUGGUGGUGAAUGGCUUUCUCAGUCAACUUAAGAGGCUCUGGAGUGUUCCCCUGUUUUGCACGAAAUUAUUUUUAGUCCCUGUCUAGUUAUGUAACAUCCUUAGGUGCAUAUCUCUAUAAAAGAGAACACGCACUUCGAAACUGCAGAGGGAACGCUAUCUCGUUAAUAAUUUCUACGUGCGAACAGAGCAAGAAUCGUAACAUGAAUACAAGGUUUACUUCGGGAAAGGAAUACAGAAUUGUAAGUACAAUUAAAACAUGUUUGCUGUU